AUGAGUAAUCCAUAUGCUACUGAAAAUCCUUACGAGGAGAACUAUGAAUUAAAUGAUACUCCUAAUAAUAAUAACAAUGCAUCAGGUAAUGAUUUUGUUGAAUUCAUGAGUAGUAUUAAUGUAAUUAAUCAAGAUUUAAGUAAUUAUGAGAAUAUUGUCAAUCAAAUUGAUAUAUUACACAAAAGAUUAUUGUCUGAAGUCAAUGAAGAACAGGCCAACCAAACAAGAAACUCUUUGAAUGAUUUGGUAUCGCAAGCUACUGAUUUACAAUAUCAAUUAAAAGAUAAAAUUAAAGAAGCACAAAGAUUAGGUUUGCAUGACACUAAUAAACAAGCUCAAGCUGAAAAUUCAAGACAAAAAUUCUUGAAGUUAAUUCAAGAUUAUAGAAUUAUUGACUCUAAUUAUAAAGAAGAAAAUAAACAACAGGCUAUUAGACAAUAUAAGGUUAUUCAACCUGAUGCUACUGAAGAUGAAAUUGAAGAUGCUAUCACUGAUGUCGGUGGUCAGCAAAUUUUCUCUCAGGCUCUUUUAAAUGCUAAUAGACGUGGUGAAGCUAAGACUGCUUUGGCAGAAGUUCAAGCAAGACACCAAGAAUUGUUACAAUUAGAAAAGACAAUGGCUGAGUUAACUCAAUUAUUCAAUGAUAUGGAACAACUAGUUGUUGAACAACAAGAAAACAUCGAAGCUAUUGACCAAAAUGUCGAAGCUGCUCAGCAAGAUGUUGAACAAGGUAUUGGUCACACAAAUAAGGCCGUCAAGAGUGCCAAAAACGCUAGAAAGAAUAAGAGAAGAUGUUAUAUUGUUUGCUUCUUAAUCAUUGUAGUUAUCAUCAUCGCUGCCGUUGUUCCUUCUGUUGUUGCUACCCAAGUUUAA